AUGAAGGGUUCGAUAGAUGGAAAUCACAGGACUGCUGUGAUAGUAAUGCUAGUGUUACUAUUCGACGUGCAGUACAGUGGAGCAAUAUUCGUGCCAAGAAUUCACUCCAUAGUUGGAUUAAGCAAUGGUUCUGUAUUGUUCGGCGAGCGCUUCAGCAGUUCUCGGGCAACAAUUGAAUUCCACCAGCAAACCGUUCAGAACGGAUCGUCUUCUGUAGCCACGAACGAAUCUCAAAGUGAAUCUAACUCCCCACUGAUAUGUGUCGUCACGACAAGUCUGGACGAUCUACCACCGGAUGCGUUCACGGAGGAGCAGCGACUCCAGGGUGCAAUCAUUCUGCACUUCCUGGCCGCAGUCUACUUUUUCAUGUUGCUCGCGUAUGUCUGCAGCGAGUACUUCCUGCCCUCGGUCGAGUGUCUGUGCGAGAGUUUGAAUCUGUCACAGGACGUGGCAGCGGCCACUUUCAUGGCAACGGCUACCUCGAUGCCGGAGUUCUUCACCAACACUAUUAGCACGCUGGCGGUAGAUUCGGACAUUGGUGUCGGCACGAUCAUGGGCUCGAUGCUAUUCAACACACUUGGCGUAGCGGCACUCGUCGGACUCCUGACGAAAAUGCACGUUCAACUCGAUUGGUGGCCUCUGACACGCGACUCUAUAAUCGUCACCAUCUCCACCACCCUCCUUGUGGUGUGUCUCUGGGAUGGUCGAAUCGAAUGGUACGAGGCGAUGAUAUUCAGCAUCACCUACAUACUCUACUUUGUGGUGAUGUUCAAAAAUGAACGAUUCAAGUCGAUAGCUAUCCACUUUAUUCAGGAUCGUUGGAAUCUUUGUGGGCGCAUGGAACCCAAACCAGAGGAUGGCGUAGUGGAUCCCAAUAUUCCUCGAAAGUACUCUGUAGCGAUCCUCGGGCACGCCAUCAACGGUGUGAUGGUGAGUAUAUCCGAAGAUGGCGUACGGAAAGAACAAAAUGAAGCAGCCGUUGAGCCAGCGGGGAUAACCCCAAACUCUUCUGGCCUAUCGGCGGUGAACGUCGUGACGCCUGCUGAGUGUGAAACCUCUGAGCAACCAUCGACCACAAAGUGGAGUGAACUGGUGCAUCUUCCUGCAAAGUCUACUGCCGGCUGGCGAACGAUCUUUUGGUUCUUUACAUGGCCGUAUCGACUGGUAGUGUUCUGUACUGUACCGGAUCCACUCCGAUUUCGUCGGCUAUACCCAAUAACCUUUAUUUGCUGCAUUGGCUGGAUCGGGUUGUGCGCGUACAUCGUCUUCUGGAUGAUUUCCAUCAUUGGUAACACUUUCGGCAUUCCGGACACGGUGAUGGGCAUGACGUUCCUGGCUUUUGGUGGCUGCAUGCCGGAAGCUGCAUCGGCGGUAACCAUGAUUCGGAGAGGUAACGGAGCAAUGGGCAUCUCGAAUUCACUAGGUGCAAACACGCUUGCCAUACUGUUCUCCCUUGGGCUUCCUUGGUUCAUACGGACGAUGGUCGAUGGCGGACCGUCAACUGGGGCCUACAUCGCCAUCCAAUCGUAUGGUAUUCAGUACUCCGUGCUGGCACUGUUCGCGGCCAUCUUUACGCUCUACCUGGUACUGUACAUCGCAAAAUACACCCUCCGCAAGCUGGUUGGACUCGCCCUCGCCGUCGGCUAUCUGCUGAUCGUAACGUUCAUGCUGUUGGUCGAGCUGGACAUUGUUUUCCCCGCCAACAAUCGAUGUUAA